AUGAGUGGAACUCGUAAUAGAUUCUCAAGACGUGUUCCCUUUCAGCAAAGGCACUACCAGUCAUCACCUCACCCUCAACAAAACCAAAAUGAGAAUAGAGCUUCUACAAAAAUUUCCCGAAUCAAUGCCUUACUUUCACGGAUAAGAGACGAAAGUGACUCUGUGUACGCAAGAAGAACAUCCUGUGUAACCCAGCUUUCAAAUAUACUGUCCGAGACUCUUACACCAGGUGAAAGUGCUCAGGUAUUCGAUGCGGCUACAUAUGGCAUAGGAAAUACACCUGGAUUGGAGCUGGUAUUUGAGGAUACAAGAGCUCCCGCGAAUUUUAAACUUCUUGUUGCCAAAUGCAUUGCGAAUAUUGCUACGAUAUCAGAAAAUAAUCUGGAAUCGUUCUUUCGUUGGAUAUUUGAGAGAUUGCAUGCUUCGGGAUCGGGGGUCAAGGAGAAAGAGCGAGAGCGCAAAUUAUGGCUUUUGAUUUCGUUGCGCGAGUCUAUCACUCGCGUAACCCAGUCUAGCAACAACGCACAAAACAUUGUUCCUUAUAGUACAAUGCAACAAUUAAUUCCGAACAUUUUAAGUGAACUCGAGAAUCUUCUUGACUCCGCUGAAUGCGUUGAUUACUUUUCAGGGUUAUUGGAAGUACUAGAACGAAUUGCGGAUCGAUAUCCCACCGAAUUUGAAAACCGAUUUCAGGAUAUAAUCGAUUUGCUUGUAGGAUGGCAUGUUGAUACUACGGUACCAGAGUCAUUACAUAAUUAUAUUUCGGAUUCGUUUCGAAGAUUGAGGUCAUUUUGGGCUCAAAAUUUGAAUUUUGCACACGAGUUAUUGAGUCAUUUUUUGGCUGAUAUGGAGGUUGUCGCUGGGAUAACAGUAUCUCAAGAUGGGCCUCAAAUCGAUCAGAAAACACACACAGAUGUGGAUGGAGUGCCAAGCAAUUUGAAAGGGUUACUAGGCUGUUUCCAUGCAGUAGCAGAAACGAUUGGGCCUAUUGUCCCUGCAAAUUCUCAGGAUGAGGUUCACGGUGUUGAGCUAAAAGAAAAUGCAUAUCCGUAUGAUCGAUUACGUGCAUACAUUGUUAAAUUUCUUGUCGCCGUCGGAAAGCUUUAUAUGGAUAUUGAUUUUUUUAAUAAAGGUAAUCAGAUAAUACUAGCAUUAAGCACACACCGUAAAGCAACCUUUGUGCAACAGCAACCUAAGUCAACAGAAUUCUGGUUAAUACAAAUAAAAUAUGUAUAUCAAGUAUCAUAUUCAAGUCAAAAUAUGGAAGAAUGGUUUGAUUCAUAUUUGCAGACGCUUGCACAGUGGUUCCCGUAUGUGCACCCUGAUGUUGCUAUCACCUUAAUGAACCCUGAAUCUCCACUCAUGAAACUACGACACCAUUGUUCGUUCAAUGCGCGUCUGUUUUCCGAUUUUCUCGAUAUGUUUCGCUGCAUAUUACGAAACUCAAAUUCAAUAACAACAACACAAGAUUCAAAACCUUCCGCUAUUCAACUCACACAUCAACUUGUAUCAGAAAUGAGAAGUAUGUGCGAAAUAAUAUUGAAUAGCAACAGCACGUCUGAUAAAUCUGAUGCUGAGAUUCGUUGGCAAUUAAAGUCUAUGAAUGUCAUAAUGUUCAAUUAUAAGAAAUCGGAUGAAUUCCGCGAGGAAUUUCAACAUAUAUUUUCGGAAAAUUAUCAUUCAUCGAAUGAAGGAAUUGGGAAAUAUAAGAAUUUGCAUGGAUUGGUGAUGUAUUCGGUGAUAAAGGCAGCACAUCAGAUUUCUCGAAGUCAAAAAUAUUUCAUACAAUUAAAAGAAUCAAUAUCUUUUGAAUCAUCCACAUUCGAUACGAUGCUUUUGAUCAUUGACUCAAUAUUUUCUUACAACAAUAAACUUCCCAUGAACCUAAUCAUGUUUUCAAUUGAAUGGCUGCGAGAUAUUUUUGAAUUUUGUCGCAGCGACAAACAAUCAUUAAAUGAUAAAAAAAAAGACCAUGUACAAUUACAGAUAGGGCAGGCUUUGUUAUCCUUAUUGCAUUUAUCUCGUGUGAUUCAAAAUCCUGAUGUGUCUGUCCAAAUUCCAAAAGUCAUUCAAGAUUUUAUUGAUGUUUUUGGUUCAUUAAAUUUACCAAAAAAAAUCUUUCCUCUUAUCGCUGAGAGGAUAAACGAUUCGAAUCCUCAAAUUCAAAAAGAGUUUCUAAAAGUAUUUUAUGAAAUCAACCCUUUACUUGCUGUAUUCAAGUACGAUUAUAUCUCAGAUCCUUCGCUGCAAAUGUCAAGAGCCAGUAUUUGUGCAUUACCAAACUUGGGUAAUUUUCGACCUCAACAUUUUCAAAUAAUCAUGACUUACUUAGGAAUGAAAGAGUUGCUAUCAUCAUCGGCGGAAGAAAUGGAUUCAGCACAUACGAUGAUUGAUAUGGAAAAUGAUGUGCAAUGGCGACAACGGCUAUUACAUGCUUGUCAGUCGAUGAAUGUAAAUAAUAAUACCACCUUCGACGAAGCAUUGAUGACAUCAAAAGAUCAUAAUAAUAGAUCGUCGUUGCAUCAUGAUGAGAUUUCAGGUCUCAUUGAUAAUUCUGAUGAUUUGAUUACUUUUUGGACGCUUUGGGAGACGGCACGUUAUUGUGUUUUAUCACGGCUGAGAACCCCUUUUGGCGGUCCUCAGCAGACUUUCGACGCGUUUGAAAAGAAAUUAAACGAUUUUAUGACGGGAAAUCUUAAUUUGACUUUAAACACCACUAACAUAAGCGACGAGUCUUUGGAGCCAAUAUAUACGAAGUUAAAUCAACUUCACAACCUUUUGAUCUUUAUCAAUUGUCUUGAGAUGCAAAUCUACAAUGCAGCAGUCGGCACAUCUCUCGGAAACCUACCGCAAGCACCUCGUGGCAGCAUUAUUUUUUUUCGCACGAAUCGUAAGGUUUGCGAUGAUUGGUUCAGUCGCGUUCGAGCGACGAUUGCAAAAGGUGCUGGAAUGGUUGGUAAUGAUGCAAUAUUGAUAACCCAUGGGCUUCAAUUUCUGGCAGAUCGUGUGGCAAAUAUGAGACAAGGGAUUAUGAAGGAAAGAAUUAUUGCCUUUCAGGAAAUGUUGAUGAUUAUAGUACAAGCUAUGAGAAGAUUGCAUUCGGUGGAUAGCAUUCACGGAUUACUAAUAUGGAGUAAAAAGAUUUUUCACGUCGCUGAUAAAGACCUAGGGAAUUUGCCCGAAAAUUCUUCAUCAUCUCAAAUUAGCAACAAAAACGUGUCUCAAAAAAUGCCCGGUACUAGUAGUCAAAUGCAAAGCGAACAGCAAGGAUCUCCACAUACACUUUUACAGCGUAAUAUCUUACACAGGAAUCACACUAACAUGCCUAACUAUAUGCAUUUCGAAUGGAUGAACUGUGCACUAUUGUUUGCCAAAGCGAAGUAUGAGCAAUCAGCAAAAGAAUCGAUCAAUAUUUUGAAUCGUCUUUUAGGAUAUGAUCAUGCGGAAGAUAAACUUACGUCACUCCAAAUAUUUGACUGUUAUUGCCAAAUGGAUGACUUGAAAUCACUAUCACAAUGGCUCUCACAGCAAAAUAGCUUGGAAAAUUUGUUGACUCCAUUGCAUCAGGUUAAUCAACAAUAUCUCAAAGCGUUAUCGCAGUAUGGAAAGGAAGAUAAAAGUUUUCUUGAUGCGUGGGAGACGAUAAAAUCAACUGAACCGAAAAUACCGGAUCAUUUUGAACUUCUACAUGAUGUUCCUUUCUUGUCUUUCUUGCAUCAUUUCCGUGCAGAUUUAGCACAAAUGGUGCGACAAGAAGAUUCACAGAUAGAGAUCAACCAUAGUUAUGAACAAUCUGCCUUUUCCAUUAUGAAACUGCCGAUUCGCUUCGCCCUUAAAGAAUCGCUUGACAGUGCGCUACCGAUGUUGGUUAUCGCUCAGAAUAAUAAAUCAGAUAUAAAAGAGCACCAAAAGUUUGUCAAUGAAUUUCCCACAUCAUCGUCAUCUUUUUCGCGUCAUUUUGUUCAAGAUUUGGGAAUUUGGAGUCCGUUAAAGCGUCUUGUCGACAAAACUGUUGCUACUGACGAUCUUUCCGAAAUUAAAGAUUCUUCGUUGAUUCACUCCCCUCAAAUAGAUAUCUCUAAACUACUUAUAGCAAAGAUUGCUAGGAAAACCGAAGUUCUUGAUCUCGCAAGUAAUGUUUGUCGAUAUACUGGUGAUGAUAGUAAUAACAUUCGGACGGAAUAUGUAUUUGAACAAGCUAAAAUAUUGUAUGCGCAAGGAAAACCUCAAAAUGCUGUUCGUCAUGUUUGUCAAAUUCUAGAAAAAACUGAGCAAGAGUACAAAGAUUUGUUGGAAAAUCCGUUACACAAUUUAACUUUACAACAAGUCUUUUUGAAGCUUGCCAAGUGGAUUGGAUUCUUACAAGGUCAAUUACCCGGUGAUCUUUCAAAAGGUAUUGAAAAUUAUGCUAUGAAAUACCUUCAAACCACAUCAGAACAAAAAAUUGUUGAUUCGAUCUCUAAUAAUGAUGCGAACAUGAAAAAUAUCGAGUUGUGUUUGUGGAGUGCAGUUCAAGGAGAACAUUCAUAUGGAAAAGCGUGGUACUCAUAUGCCACAUAUUUUUAUAAGAAAGGAUGGCGAAUAUUGGAAGAAAUUCACAGUGGAAAAAUGACACUUUCAUUUCUUUGUGACUUGCGUCAAACUAUCCAAAAUUCUUUAAUCGAUGAUUGGCAACAGACGAAUAUUCAGAAUUCCGCAGAUUAUGAUUCAUUAUUAAAGAUGAUAUUUCGCGUAUUUAUACGAAGAUUUGGAACACGAUCAAUCUCGGACAACUUUGACGUGAAAGAGAGCGAGUUUCGUCCACUUGAACCUUGGAUUUCUAAUCAAACAAAAGAGGAAAUUAAGCAAUCAUUUAAUAAAAUCACAAAAGAAAUUCUUCAGGCUUUUAAUAUCGCAGCAGAUGGAUAUUUUCAGUUUUUAAAGUCCAUGAACAAUGAAAAUGCAAAUAAUGUUGGCGAUCAAAAGGAUCCAUUGUCCAAGUCUAUUAAGGAGGCGGACACAAUGACGGCCACUUUGCGAAUAUUAAAGUUACUAGUAACGUACGGUUCUUACAUGAAAGAAUCCUUAUCAGAAGCCUUCGAAGACACUGUAGUCACGAAUUGGGAAUUCAUAAUCCCACAAUUAUUCUCACGUCUAGAUCACCCAGAAUCAUUUGUAAGACAGCAAAUAUGCAAUCUUUUAUGCAAAAUUGCAACAAGUUCGCCACAGUCGAUAGUCUAUCAUACGGUUGUUGCAUUGAACUCGAACAACACCAACGAACAGACAAAACAAUCUCUUCAGAGUAUCGCCAGUAGUUUGGACGUCUCAAAUGGAGUCUUGAUCGCAGAAAUUCGUCGUGUUAUUCAAGAGUUACGACGAAUUACGGUUCUCUGGGAGGAAUUAUGGUUGAAUAAAAUUGCUGGAUUGCAACUUGACGUGAAUAAAAGAUUGCAUAAGGUGGGAAAAGAGUUGGAAAGAAUCAAUGAUAAAUUGAAUUUGACUUCCGAUCAAAAAACCAAAAUCAUGAGAGAAAGUUACGAUGCGAUUAUGAAACCGGUGAUUUCAUCUCUGGAACGGCUAUAUAAUGUAACAAGCGCUGAUCCGACUACGCCGCAUGAGAUAUGGUUCGCAAAGUUGUUUGGGGAACGUAUUCGUGAGGCUUUUGAUCGAUUACGAUCUCCUCGUUCUUGGGAUAAUACUAAAGAAGGGUGGAAUCUUUUCAAAAAUAUACAUAAGGAUCUUACAAAAGAGUUACAGACAAAUCGAUCGUUGAAGUUGGCUGAUGUUGCCCCGUAUUUGGCCACUAUCAAAUCUUCAGCAAUCACUAUGCCUGGACUACCAACUAAUGCUGAGCAUAUCACCAUUCAAUCGUUUGAUCAAACUGUCUUUAUUUUGCCGACAAAAACCAAACCAAAAAAGUUGUCUCUACUUGGAUCAGACGGGCAUCUUUAUGGAUAUCUGUUCAAAGGACUCGAAGAUCUUCAUUUAGAUGAGCGAAUAAUGCAGCUAAUUCAAGUCACCAAUAAAUUGUAUAAACGUGAUAAACAAGCAAGUAGUCGAAAUUUAAGUGCACGCCAUUACGCUGUUAUACCAUUGGGCGAGCAUUCGGGCAUGAUUCAAUGGGUAGAAAACGCUACCCAGAUGUUUUCGUUAUAUAAGAAAUGGCAGCAUCGCGAACAUUUUGCACGAAUGUUAUUGAGCAACGCGGGCGAAAAGUCCCCUGCAAUACCACAACGUCCUAGUGACAUGUUUUUCGAGAAAAUAGGAAAAGCCUUGAAAAAAGAAGGAUUGCCGAUCUCUACCUCGAGGCGAAACUGGCCUCAUUCAAUUCUCAAAACGGUUUUUCUUGAACUUUUAUCUGAAACUCCUGCAGACCUUCUCGAAAAAGAAUUAUGGACAUCAUGCACAAGUUCCUCCGAAUGGUGGCAAAAGAGUAUAUCAUUGUCACGUUCAUUAGCUGUCAUGUCUGUCGUCGGAUAUAUUAUUGGCCUAGGAGAUCGACAUCUGGACAAUAUACUUAUUGAUUUCAAUGCUGGAGAAGUUAUUCAUAUUGAUUAUAAUGUGUGUUUUGAAAAAGGACGAAAAUUACGUGUUCCUGAAAUUGUACCUUUCAGGCUCACACAAAAUAUCGAAAAAGCUCUUGGUAUUACUGGUGUUGAAGGCGUUUUUCGGAUUGCGUGUGAAACUGCACUUAAAGUAAUGCGGAAAAACAAGGAGAUGUUGAUUAUUUUGCUGGAGGCGUUUGUUUACGAUCCUCUAGUCGAUUGGCAUCAUGAAGUUACAAUUGAUCGGGAUAAACAAAUAAUGGAACUUGAAGAACAUUUAAGCCUGUUAACAUCUAGAAUUGCCGAAUUAAAACAUCCAUUAGAAAUGAAGCAUAAACAAUUGACAACUUUACUUUCUGAAUUUAUUACGUUAUUCCAAAUAUUACCCGAACAUCAUUCGACUCCCCGAGAUUUAUAUGAGGAUUCGGCGAAUCAAUCAAUAACCUUAGAAGAUCCAGAAAAGAAAAAUACACCAAUAGCCGAAAAUAGCGUGGAGAUUGAGGGCUUAAAAACUACUUUGACACAAAGAGCUGCCGAAUGUAGAUUAUGGCAUGCACAACAUGAAAGCUCAAUUCAAUCUAUUCAAGGCAAUCUCAUUCAAGUAAUCUACAAUGAGGUCAUUUCUUCUAGUAGUCAGUUUCGGGUUUCCAUUUUCACACCCGUUAUCAGCAUCAUUACAACUAAUGAAGCACUUGCACAACAAUGCUCACAUACCGAUCAAGAACUGUUUAACUGGGUUACAGAACGCAAUAACAGCUACACGCUGUGCAUCGAGCAUUUGCAAUACUAUCGCGCGUUGACUGCCCCGGUGGUUCCAAUUUUAAUGGCUCAAGAUUAUUAUUCCAAAUGGCCGCAACUUUUAGCGCCUUUGCUUGAAUCUAACUUACAAAGAGAUGGCUUUGAGACAGUGUUUCAAACAGUACAGCGCGAAGUUCAAAUUGAUUCCGAGUUAAUUGAAAUUAGGGAACGCCUUAAGGCUUCUUGUGAGGAUAUUACGCGUCAAGGAGUAUCUAUUGGCGAAUCAUUUAAUCUGGUUUCAGUGAAUAUGAUGACUGAGAAUGAACCAGAACAAAGUGCACUUUUAGAAACGUUUUUUCAUCAGAUUGCGCAGGCGCAAGACGAAGAUGGUUCAUCAUCCCUCGGAAUAUAUGGAUUUAUCUCGUUCCUUUCACAAUUAAAACAAGAUUUGGAUAACAAUGAUAAUGAAAAAGAAGUCCUUAAAAAUCUUGGAUUCAAUGAUACUCUCCAGACAGCAAUCUCAAAUGCUCUCUUUAGCGAAUUAUUUAACGAUCCAAAGUUUAUCACCAAUUAUGUUGCUUUCUUUGCUUUGUACAACAUCCUUUAUAUGGCCACAGUGACUACGCCCAAGGAUGAAUUAAUUCCACGAAUAUACUCGAUAGUCGGCGAAUAUCUACAACUGAUAAAAAUGUUUUACACUCUUCAAGCAAGUUUCGAAAGUGUUCUCUUGCCUAGAAUUUUCGAGAUUUUAAAAAUUAUGCCUAUUGCCUUCCAACCGUACGUGGAUAUUUUGUACGACCUAUCCACCGACACAUUUAAUUAUUGGGAAAUGAAGCAUCCAGAAGCGCAUUCUGUUGUUGCUAAUAUGAUACAAACGUUCUCACAAAUUCGUGCUAGUGUUCAGCAGGAGGAUAAUCUUUCAACUGAAAUUAGCAAUGUGAUUUCUGUUUUUGACGAGAUGUUCAAGGAACUAGAAAUACAAAUUUGCCAUAUCCAGACUCUAUUCAAUGAGCCAUUGCCAUUCCCAGAGGAUCAAAAAUGUUUCAAAAAUGAAUAUAUUCUCGACGAUUUCACCGUACAUAAAUUUAAUAUUAUAGCCAAUGUUCUGUUGGGAUGCCAAGAUUAUUUUAAGGAAAAUUUUCAGUCACAUAUUUCCCCUAAUACGUGGCUUUCGUCAAUUGCCAUCUCACAAAUCUUCGUUGCCAAUUCAGACUCACUUUCCAGACUUCGUCAAAUAGUACAAUGGUGUAUGUCCGACUUGUUUAUUCCGACUCUGCAGACACUUCUAUCCACUACCCUUAAUCACUUUAAGGGGCUUGUUGCGUCGGAUAAUUUGCCAAAGGGCGCAAAAGGGAAUGAUGACGAUGUUGAAAACGCUUCAUCUUCAACUCAAGAGUUGGUACCUGGUGAUGGUAGUUUCUGGAGAGAGAAUUUGGAUAGCAUGAAAGAAAAAAUUAAAAAAUAUAUGUUUUUGGGGAGUAAAAUAAAUUUAUUGAAUUUGAUAAAUACACGAAAAACGCAAAUUGAAAUUGAAGCACAACAGCGUAAAAUGGAAUUAAUGAGAUUCGAAUGGAUCAAUCAAAAAUAUCUCGGUGGAAGCGCUUUGGUUCACACACAGAUUUUAGAAAACUUUACUCGUGAUGUGAAUAAAUUCAUGCAACUCGAACUACUGCUUCAAAAAAUAAUUGCCAAUUAUCAAGAAAUUCAAUCUGAAGCCUCCAAGCAAAUAUCGGCUUACUCGAGUACAUCAACUACAGCUGCAUCGAACGAAGUGGUGUUGCAGUCCUUUGGCGAUGCGAUUGCAAAUCAGCAAAUUCUAUUUGCUCAGGAGCUUCAACGUAUUAAACACGUUAUCGCACUCUGUAAUUCGUUGAUACAUUUAGAAACUUUUCGUAACGUGUCUGAAAAGACUAAAGCUAUGGAUACUGAUACUCUAAAUCUUGUUCGUAUGUAUGAGAUUGCAGUGAUGGGAACCGAUGGUGAAAAGGAGGAAGCACAUUCUGGGCAAUUUUCGCAGAACAAGGCUUUGAAUUUUUCCGACACAGAACAUCCGCAAAAACUUCAAAAUCUUGCUAAGGAAUUCCAUGAUGCGUUUGACGAAUUUCGAGUACUAAUGAUAGAAUUAGUGCCAUUGAUUGAGCUUGUUACGAGUAUCGACUCGGAUGCCGAGGAAACUAUCAAAGAAGCAAGACUGAAAGCAAAGGAAUCACUUGGUAGCUGGUCGAAGCUUGAUGCUGAAAGUGAUAGUGUCAUGAAUUCUGCGCUGGCUCUUUUGGAUGAAAAUUUUCGUGCUGGUGGCGAAGGAGGACUUUUAUUGAAAGCUGCAACGCAGAGUGAAACUGCUAGCACGCCUACUAUAGAAUCGGUUUCGGUGUCUGAUAGAUUACACAGUGAAAGCAUAAGAGCUUUAUCAGAAAUUAAAGAUAUUUUAUCACAUCUGUUUAAGCUUCUCUCGAGCCUUGGAAACCUCGAUUUGGAAAAUGCGCAACAUGAUUCAGGGGAUCAAAUUGGG